UAACACACAACUGCAUUUGUAUGCAAACUACGCAGCACUAAUUAAAAAACUCUGAAAUGAAUUGUAAUUUCCGCUCUUUUUGUCACGGUUGUUUUCGAUGCGUUUUUGGCGCGUAGUCUUGGCGCGUAGUCUUGGCGCGCUUUUCAGGUUCUGGCGGCAUAUAACUACAAAUCACUCAAUCUUUAACUGGCGUCAGGCAACGAAGGUUAACAUUUAUUUCUCAUCAUUUGCAAAAAUGCCCUGCAGUCCCAUAAAGAGAGAUAUAUCAGAGGACGAAAUUUUGAGGAGCACUUCACCGUGUUUGAAGAAGGAGAGACUGUCGCCGCCAGCGGCACCGUCGCUGGAGAAGACCACCAACAAAGAUGAACAGCAGUAUUUGGAUUUGUUGAAGCGGAUUAUUAAGACAGGUGAUCAGCGAAUAGAUCGCACAGCGGUGGGCACAUUGUCAAUCUUUGGCACUCAGAUGCGUUUCGAUUUACGCGAUUCCUUUCCACUGCUGACCACCAAACGGGUCUUCUUCCGUGGCGUCGCAGAGGAGUUGUUGUGGUUUGUGGCCGGCAAAACGAAUGCCAAGUUGUUGCAGGCGAAGAAGGUGCACAUCUGGGAUUUCAACAGCACUCGCGAGUUCCUCGACAAAUGCGGUCACACAGAUCGCGAUGAGGGAGAUCUGGGUCCCGUGUACGGUUUCCAGUGGCGUCACUUUGGGGCCGAGUAUCGCGGCUGCGAUGACGACUAUACAGGCCAGGGCGUCGACCAGUUGCAGCAGGUGAUUGACACCAUACGCAACAAUCCCGCGGAUCGUCGCAUCAUAAUGUCCGCAUGGAAUCCGUUGGAUAUACCUAAGAUGGCGCUGCCACCGUGCCACUGCCUGGUGCAAUUCUUUGUGUCGCAGUCAAGGGGCGAGCUCUCCUGCCAGAUGUAUCAGCGCAGUGCCGACAUGGGUCUAGGUGUUCCCUUCAACAUCGCAUCCUACGCCCUGCUCACCUAUAUGAUUGCACAUGUGACGGGUCUGAAGCCUGGCGACUUUGUACACACGAUGGGCGAUACGCACGUCUAUCUGAAUCAUGUGGAACCGUUGCAGGAGCAGAUGAAACGUGUGCCACGUCCAUUUCCCAAGCUCCGCAUCAAGCGGCAGGUUGAAAAAAUUGAGGAUUUCUGUUACGAUGACUUCGAAGUCGUUGACUACAACCCGUAUGAAAAGAUUCAAAUGAAGAUGGCCGUUUGACAUUGGUGUUCCAGUUGUCCAUGUAAAAAACCAACUAAUCUCUGUUCAUGGAAUAAAAAUGUAUUCGAAUUA